CCCGGGCCGGGCCCGCCCCGCGCCCCCCGGCGCUCCGUGACUCGCCGGCGGCUCCUCGGGCCUCAUCGUUCGCCGGUGGCGGCAGCCAGGAGAUGGUCCGGGCCUAGCGGAGCGGCCAGCGCAGCAACAUGAACCGUGAAGACCGGAAUGUGCUGCGUAUGAAAGAAAGGGAAAGGCGAAAUCAAGAAAUUCAGCAGGGUGACGAAGCCUUCCCACCCAACUCUCCUCUCUUUGCUGAGCCAUACAAAGUGACCAGCAAAGAAGACAAGCUGUCCAGCCGCAUCCAGAGCAUGCUCGGGAACUAUGACGAGAUGACGGAUCUCAUCGGGGACCGGCCGCUCCAGAAGAUCGUGGCCAUUCCCAAGCCCUCGGUUCCCGCGGCGCCCGACGACAAAGGCGCGGCCGGCUUCUUCGGCGAGCAGCGGCACGGCGCGGGCUCUCACCAGAGCGGCAAAUGGACCCCGGUGGGGCCGGCCCCCAGCACCUCGGCCCAGUCCCAGAAGCGCUCGGCGGGGCUGGGGGGACACGGGCAGCGCUCGGGCGGCGGCGCGGCCGCGGGGGCCCGGCACGAGCGCGACUCCUACGGCGGCCGCAAGAAGGGGCAGCACGGCUCGGAGCACUCCAAGGGCCGCUCCGGCAGCCCCGGCAAGCCGCCGGCCGUGUCCUCGCUGGCCUCGGGCCACUCGAGAGCCCACGGCGGCGAGCACCACGGCAAAGACCACCAGCGCUCCAAGUCGCCCCGGGACCCCGAGCCCAGCUGGGACUCUCCCUCGCGCGUGCCCUCGUUCGCCGGCGGGCAGCACUCGAACCAGUCCUUCCCGCCCUCGCUGAUGUCCAAGUCCAGCUCCAUGUUACAGAAACCCACCGCCUACGUCAGGCCGAUGGACGGGCAGGAAUCCACGGAACCAAAGUUAUCCUCGGAACACUACGGCGGCCAGAGCCACGGCGGCGGCGUCAACGAGCUGAAACCCAGCAGCAAAGCGCACCUGACCAAGCUGAAAAUCCCUUCUCAGCCCCUGGAUGCAUCAGCCUCUGGUGAGGUGAGCUGCGUGGAUGAAAUCCUCAAAGAGAUGACCCACUCCUGGCCUCCUCCACUCACUGCCAUCCACACCCCCUGCAAAACUGAACCCUCCAAAUUCCCCUUCCCAACAAAGGAGUCUCAGCAGUCCAGUUUUGGCACUGGAGAACAGAAACGAUACAAUCCCUCAUCCAAAGCAUCCAAUGGCCAUCAAUCCAAAUCAUGUGAAUCGAACCAGACAGAUAUGUUGAAAGAUGACUUAAAACUUAGCAGUAGCGAAGACAGCGAUGGAGAGCAGGACUGCGAUAAGACGGUGCCAAGGAGCACACCUGGAAGUAAUUCUGAGCCUUCCCAGCACAACAGUGAAGGAGCAGAUAACUCCAGGGAUGACUCGAGCAGCCACAGCGGCUCCGAGAGCAGCUCCGGCUCCGACUCGGAGAGCGAGAGCAGCUCCAGCGACAGCGAGGCCAACGAGCCGUCCCAGAGCGCAUCCCCCGAGCCAGAGCCACCGCCCACAAACAAGUGGCAACUGGACAACUGGUUGAACAAAGUUAAUUCCCAUAAAGUGUCACCAGCUUCUUCCGUGGACAGCAAUAUCCCUUCUUCCCAAGGCUACAAGAAAGAGGGACGGGAUCAGGGUACAGGGAGUGGGUACACUGAUCAAGGUGGAUCCAAGGACUCCAUUUCUUCUACACCAGGGAGAGAUUCCAAACCCACCCAGAAGGGCUCGGAGAGCGGUCGUGGGAGGCAGAAAUCACCUGCCCAGAGCGACAGCUCGACUCAGAGGAGGACUGUAGGGAAAAAACAGCCCAAGAAGGCAGAAAAGACAUCUGUGGAAGAGCCCAGAGGAGGUCUUAAAAUAGAAAGUGAAACCCCAGUAGACAUGGCAACAAACAUCCCUUCAAACAGGCACAAGGCAGCCACCAAAGGCUCCAGGAAACCCAAUAUAAAGAAGGAGCCCAAGUCUUCCCCUCGACCUACAACAGAGAAAAAGAAAUACAAGGCUUCAAGCAAAUCUGCCCAGAAAUCCAGGGAAUUCAUCGAAACAGAUACCUCAUCCUCUGAUUCAGAUGAAAAUGAGAGUCUGCCUCCUUCCUCACAAACACCCAAAUACUCUGAGAGCAAUAGGACUCCUGUUAAAUCUUCCAUGGAGGAGGAUGACGGCUUUUUUCGGCAAAGAAUGUUCUCUCCUAUGGAAGAGAAAGAGCUUCUGUCCCCACUGAGUGAUCCUGAUGAAAGGUACCCACUCAUUGUGAAGAUUGACCUGAGCCUCUUAUCCAGGAUUCCAGGGAAGCCUUACAAGGACACGGACGCUGCCAAGGCGGAGAAGAAGAGCGCUCCGGAGAAACACGCGCGGGACUCCCAGAAACAGCCCUCGGACAAGAGCUCCACUAAGGGCAAGAGGAAACACAAACAGAACGAGGAUGAAAACAGAGCCAGUGAAAGCAAGAAAACGAAACUGGAAGAAAAAGCUCCCUCAGGACACAAGAAUUCCAGCAGUAGGGAGUCUUCAAAGCCAAGUGCUGUUAAAGAGAAGGAUUUGCUGCCCUCCCCUGCUGCCCCAGCCCUGCAGAAGGAUUCCAAGCAGGAACACGGCUCCAGGAAGAGAACAGUCAGUCAGUCCUCAUCCCUAAAAUCCAGCAGCAACCCGGGCAAGGAGAGCAGCAGUGGCAGCAAGAGCAGCUCCUCUUCCAAGCAGAAGAAGACAGAGGGGAAGGGGUCCAGCAGUGCCAAGGAAGCCAAGGAAAAGAUCCUGAACAAUUCCUCCAGCUGCCCUCCUGCCUCUGCUCAGGCCACGGAAGGUGCGAAGUCGAGGAGAGCAAAGCUCGUUUUUGAUGAUAGGACUUACUCAGCUGAUCAUUACUUGCAGGAAGCAAAGAAGCUGAAACAUAAUGCAGAUGCUUUGUCGGACAGGUUCGAGAAGGCCGUGUACUACCUGGAUGCUGUCGUGUCCUUCAUUGAGUGUGGGAAUGCAUUGGAGAAAAACGCUCAGGAAUCCAAGUCCCCGUUCCCUAUGUAUUCAGAAACUGUGGAAUUAAUCAAAUACACUAUGAAACUGAAGAAUUACUUGGCCCCGGAUGCCACGGCUGCAGACAAAAGGCUGGCAGUGCUUUGCCUUCGGUGCCAAGCUCUGCUGUACCUGAGGCUUUUCAAACUGAAAAAGGAAAGUGCAUUGAAAUACUCAAAAACCCUGACUGAACAUCUGAAGAAUUGCUACAAUAAUUCUCAAGCGCCGUCCCCUGGUAUGGGAAGCAAACCUGUGGGGAUGCCAUCUCCAGUCUCUCCAAAGCUGUCUCCAGGGAAUUCAGGAAACUACUCUUCCGGGGCAGCCAACCCUUCAGGGAGCGGGUCCUCGGUGACGAUCCCGCAGCGCAUCCAUCAGAUGGCUGCCAGCUACGUCCAGGUCACCUCCAACUUCCUCUAUGCCACUGAAAUCUGGGAACAAGCGGAACAGCUCUCGAGAGAGCAGAAAGAGUUCUUUGCUGAACUGGACAAGGUGAUGGGGCCGCUGGUGUUCAACACGAGCAUCAUGACGGAGCUGGUGCGGUACACGCGCCAGGGCCUGCACUGGCUGCGCCUGGACGCCAAGUGAGGAGCCCCAGCCCGGCCCGUUCUUCAGCUGCCUCCGAUUCCUCUCCACAACACUGUGUCAUGUCGAAAAGGAAGACUGCCAUAACACGUCGCUUAGUUGACACUAAGAGCAAGGAAUGCUUUUCCCGUGUCUCCCAUCCUCAUUUGUGUUUUGUGUUUAAACCCCAAAUCAGCUGGUUCGUGGACUUCUCCAGUGUUCCCGGUUUAAGUUAUUUAAAUAUUUGAAAAUUUGCUACGUAAAAAUUGUAGUCUUGCUGAUCUGUCGUGGAUAGAUCAUUGGGAUUCCGGUCACAAUACAUGAAUAGUCAGCUUAAAUCCUAUUUAUUUUAAUUUUUUUAACUUUAAUUUUGAAAAGCCCCGUUAGGGGCUGGUUUUAGCUAUUUCUUCUUCCCUAAAUUUCCCCUUUUGAGUACUUAGAAAUUAAACCUAGACACUUUAUUUAAGUACUUCGUGAGCUUUGUUACUCUGUAAUGUCUUGUGGUGGUAGAGCCUGUAAAAGGAACUAGGGUUGAUAGGUUCUAACGAGUAGGGACACCAUACUUCUCAUGCCUAAUGCCUAUGAGUCGACUAAUAAAUGACAACUACAGAUUUAUUAUUGCAGAAUUUGUACUAAAUAGAAAAGUUCCAGAUAUUCUUCUACGUAUUGAGAUACUUCAUUUAAAUGAAUUAUAAAGAAAUUUAUAUGGAAAAAUAUUUAGCUGGAUCUGCCUUGGAUUGUUUCCAAGGCAGCUUCAAGCCGUGGAUUAACACUAUAACAAUCACAAAACAUUACAGUAAUUUGCAUUUAAUGUAACGUCCAGGCAACGGUGUAGAAUGGCCUUUGGUCCAGUGGGUGUGACGCAAACAGGAAAGGCUUUGGAAAAGGACAAUCUCGUGCUUUUUGUGCAUCUCUUCAUUUCAAUUACCUUUUGUUUCCGUGCUCGUCGCUUUUUGACAGUUAGGAAAUUGGGGAACUUUGUGGUUCCGAACCCGAGAGUAGAUCAGUUCCUACCAGGACCGUCAUUUGCAUCUUUUUUCCAUUGACUGAGAAACCAGGAAUCUUUAGUAGAACUCUAGGUCCGUGUUGUCCUCUUAGGGUCUGCUGGGUGAUGGACACUACAGGCUGGCAGCGCAGCGGCCGCCGCGGCUGGGAGCAGAGCUGCUCCUGCAGGAAGCUCUGUUCUGGGCAGGAUGGAUGGCAACCUUGGCUUUACCCCGUGCUGAUGAAGGUCCCGUUCGUGUCACGUAACGUCCGCUCCCGAGGGGGCUGCUGGGUGCCACAGAGGCUUCUGGAGCUGCAGGUGGCCCCUCUCCGAGUGCAAACCAAAGUACCUUUCCACGUGAGGUGCUUGUCUGAGUUAAAGGUUUCAAAUGCUACUGCUUUCAGUAUUGCUUAGUGCCCCCAACAUGUCUGGUGUGCCUUAUGCCUUACUUUUAGAUGAAGAUUUUAUGAACUGUUUACAAGAUGUUUUACAGCAGGACCAGGUAUACUGUAUGCAGUGGUCUUCUGCAGUACUUGGGUAAAAUUCCAUUUCCUUUUUCAAAGUCCCGGUGUCUGUCACACAAACUGACUCAUCGUGGUGGUCUCCUUCCCCAGAGUCCAACUCUGAAUCCUUUGGAGUGAGAUUGUGGAAUGCUGCUUUGUUUUCUCUCCCAUCGAACCCUUUAUUCUGUACCAGAUAUGAACGUGCAUGUUCAGGAAAAUUAUUGCACUAAAUUUUUUGUGUAGGUGUAGUUAAGUGCCAAAAUCACGGCAACCUCGAGAGAAGGAAUAGAAUUCUACGCUCCUUAGUACUGCAGUAUGUCCUAUGGGCUUUAAGAGUUUAGAAGUUUUGCAAAUUAGUAACCUACUCCAAGGUAGCUGCAUCUUCGUAGAGCUUCCUUUGCGUCCCAGCGUGUUUUGUACUUCCAGAAAAGCUUUGCUACGUCCGGAUUGAUAAACGGGGAACAGACCUGGGGCUCUCCCCGACUCGACUCUUCAGGUCUGUCGGAGCAUCCUUUUUAUGGAAUCACUGUGCAAGGUCACCUUUCUGUUAGUCUUUGCUGUUGGAGACAGAACUCUGUACCCUCAAACUCCCCGCCGUGGGCAUGGGACACUGUCAGCCGUGUUUCCUUUCCUCUCUGAAGUGCCUCGCACACCUCUGACGCUGAGAAAUCCCUUGGUAGAAGUUGCAUUCGUGGGUGGGUUUGUGUGUAGUGCUGCACUAGCCAGCGUGGCUGUUCUUGGCUUGCUCCUUUGUGCACAGUCACCAUUGCUGUCAGCAGGAAUGGUGUCACCUCGGGGAAUUUUCUUUUCCUUAACUAGAGUCCCACAAAUACCUUUUGGUGUCACGCGAAAUUGGCCUCUUGAAAACGCAUCGCUUGUCCCUAGAGCAGUGGAUCUUAGCAAUUGGCUUCAAACAACCGGAAGGCUUUCUUUGCAUCAUGUCCAGAUGUGGACCUGAGCUGGUUGGGAGUGUCCCAGCUGAGGGGUGGCCUCUGUGGGGGCACAUCCUCUGGAGUGCUGUCCCGCUGCUGUGUCCGUGCGGGGGAUCCGCGGGGGGCUUGGGCGUGGAUGGGGAAUGCCUCGUGCAGCUGGGGCUGCUGCAAACAGAUCGGUUCAAACCUCUCGAUCCCAAAAGCGUAUCUUAAUUUGGGAUUGACCCUUGUUUCCAAGAGGAAAGUUCUGUACUUGAUCAGAUUUUAUAGCCAAAAAAAAGAGAAGCAAAUACGUCCUAGGCUUCCAUCCCUCUGCCAAUGUAGGAGGGCUCUGUCCCUGUCCUCGGCAGCUCCCAGCACCACAGAGGGAGUGCAGGUCACAGGAGUGGCUAAGGAGGGACUCCCCAGUCCUGGCUUCCCAAAUGAUUCCCUGGACAGGGAAUAUGUAUCAAUACAUAUCGGAACUGUAAUUUUAAAUUCCCUUGCUGAUCAUGGCCCCAGUUGGUGAAUCUUAAAAAUGGCUCAAUCAGACUAGGCUUGCUCAGCUGUCUGUGCUGUUUGACUUUGCUCUCAGACUUGCAGGUUCCAGGUGAUAAAGGUGCAAACCAUUUAUAAUUCCAAACAAAUCUUCAGGACACCAGAGUAAACCAGCCCAAGAGUUUUGUUUUGAUUUGAAUCUCAGCCAUAAAGCAGAGCAGACGGACGGCUCUCCUUGGCUUCGAUGGCAGUAUGCAAUUUGUAUUGUAUGUGUCUUUUAAUAUAUAUGUAUAUAUAUAUGACUCAGUCUGUCCAAAGUAUAUGUUAUACUUGUUUUUAGAUUAUGGUGCAACUGACUAUAUUGAUAUAUUAUUUAUUGAGUGCUGAGUCACCAUCUUAUUGGUGAUAAAUAUUGCAUAUUAUCCAGGAGUGCAAUGUAUAUUCCUUUAGAUUGCUGAGGCUUGAUUGCUGUGGUAACAAAAAAUGCCCGGAAAUGUUAUUUAUGAAUGGCCCCAACACACAGAGAGUCAGAAUUUAUAGGAAUCAUGUAGCACUUGCCUGGGGCAAGUAAAAUAAAGCCGUAGGCAGAGAAUUACGGAGUUUGCCAAAAGGCAAACUGCUGGAAAGAGAGAGAAACUACCUUUGCUGUAUUUAAUGUCAUUUUCUGCAAAGAUCUUUGCUGUCACUGCAGUGUUUCCAUUGAGGCAGAUCCACGAGGGCCUGAGCAAGUCAAGUUUGAGUUACCCAUUGGGGAGUAAACAACUUCCAAAUUCUUACCUUCACGACAAAUCCUUGGGUCAGGGUUGAAACUGCUCCCUGUGAUGUGCCAGUGUUCUGGAAAACCCCUGUUCCCGAGCAAUGAGGUCAGUGCUGGGCAUCCUGAAGGACAGAGAGGAGCCAGAGCUUUGCUCACCAGUUACCCACAUCCAGAGCUGUUCCAGGAGGGGCUUUCCUGAGCAGGACGUGUGGGAAUCCCCUUGGGGGAAUCCCGUCAGUGGGAAUCCCGUUGGGGGAAUCCCGUCAGUGGGAAUCCAUCGGGGGGAAUCCCAUCGGGGGGAAUCCCAUCGGGGGGAAUCCCGUUGGGGGAAUCCCAUCGGGGGGAAUCCCGUCGGUGGGAAUCCCGUCAGUGGGAAUCCCAUCGGGGGUAAUCCCAUCGGGGUAAUCCCGUCAGUGGGAAUCCCAUCGGGGGGAAUCCCGUCAAUGGGAAUCCCAUCGGGGGGAAUCCCAUCGGGGGGAAUCCCAUCGGUGGGAAAUCCCAUCGGGGGGAAUCCCGUCAGGGGGAAUCCCGUCGGUGGGAAAUCCCGUCAGUGGGAAUCCCGUCGGUGGGAAAUCCGUCGGUGGGAAUCCCAUCGGGGGGAAUCCCGUCAGUGGGAAUCCCAUCGGUGGGAAAUCCGUCGGUGGGAAUCCCGUCGGGGGGAAUCCCGUCGGUGGGAAUCCCAUCGGUGGGAAUCCCAUCAGUGGGAAUCCCGUCAGUGGGAAAUCCCGUCGGGGGGAAUCCCGUCGGUGGGAAUCCCGCCGGGGGGAAUCCCAUCAGGGGGAAUCCCGUCAGUGGGAAAUCCCAUCGGGGGGAAUCCUGUCAGUGGGAAUCCCAUCGGGGGGAAUCCUGCUGUGUCCGAGCCCUUGAGCCCUUGAGGCUGUGGUGCCCUCGGGGAGGGAAGGGGCCGCGCUGCCCCCGGAGCCGCUCCUGGGCCGGGCUCUGCUCCAGCCCCUCAUCCCCUUGGGAGCAAUUCCAGCUGCUGUGGCAGCUCAGGGAGCCGGGCUCUUGGUGUGGCCGUGUUUUAAUUCCACCUGGGAAUUGAAUUCCCCGUGGCAGCGUGCCCGUUCCUGGCUCUGGUCUCUAGCCCUGGCCCGGGACGCGGCUCCUGGCGCUGCCUUGGCGUUCCGCAUCCCAAACUCUACUCCAAGGACCGGGCGUGACUUUCCAAGCACAGUUCCUUACAUUUGUAUCUGGUCCCCCUUUUAAAUUGUUUUAAAAAAAAAUUUUGUAUAUGGAGGAUAAAGUGCUUAUAUAUUUAUUAAAAAUCCUUUAUCUUAUUUGAAAUUAUUAUUUGGUGAAGAAGGGGUUUUUCUUUUGGGGGAGGGCUGGGGAGGGGAGGUAACUUUUAACCUGUCACUUAUAAAUGAAGCCCUGAUUAAUCUUGCAGAAAGGUACUAUUAGUAACUAAUGGGAUGUCUCUGUUUUAUGCUUUGUACAUGACAAGUCCAUGUGUUACAUUUUGUUUUCUAUCGAAAGAUUUGGACAUCUGUCUUCAACCAAAACCGGAAAAAAAAAAAAAAGAAACAAACUGUGAUUUUAUUUGUUGCAAUACAUUUGAAAUUUCAAAGGGUACUUUGGGGCUCAAAAUUAGGAUUUCUAAGUCAGUAUGUGCAUUUCACGUAAUAAAGCUGUUAAUGGUGAGCAAAGUAUUAUAUACUAACUAGAUUUUUUCCACAUCUGUAUAGUAUAUUCUAUGUAUUUUGUGGUAUUGAGAUUAUAGAAAGUUUAGUGUCUGAAACAUGCGUUUAAUGUGUAUUUUUAAACAAAUUUAUGGCAAUUAAAAUAUUUGGAGAAAAGGGUAUCACAUUUCAAUUUGUAAAGAUCUUUUUAACUACUGUGUCAUUAAAAUGCUUUGUACAAUGCAAAACUGUAACUGGAGAAACUAAGUUUAAUAAAUAUCAAAUAGAUUUUCUGUAUUAAA